AUUUAAAAAACUGUCAUAAUUGAUGUCAUCCUUCAAUUAUUAGAAGCAACCCAAAAUUCUAGUAAUGUGUUUAUACACACACAAAUGUGUACGUAUAGAUCCAAAGAAAUACGAGUGAGAUAUUGCGGAAUUGGAGAGAGAGAGAUUGUAGGGUAAUGUUUACCCUCUUUGAUUAAAUUGAGGGUGAACAAAACUGUUCAAGAGAGAGAUGGUCGACAAAGAGCAAGCAGGUGGCGUGAACAUUUCGAAAAUUUCUCCCCAUGUAAUCAUCAAUCUCGACCAUGGCGAUCCAACUAUGUUCGAGUCCUACUGGAGAAAAAUGAGUGAAAAAUGCACAUUGGUGAUCUCAGGCAGCCAAUUCCUGAGCUAUUUUUCUGAUUCGAAGAACGUAUUUCUGGAGCCAGAACUGGAGAACGAGAUCAAGCGAUUGCAUCGCGUGGUUGGAAAUGCAUCGGUGGACGAUUAUCACGUGGUGGUGGGGACUGGUUCGACCCAACUCCUUCAAGCUACAUUGUAUGCUUUAUGCUCUCCUUCUGAUGAUGAUUCCAACCCUGUGAAUGUGGUGUCUGCUGUUCCUUACUACUCGUGCUACCCAGAGCUGACCAACUUCCUGCGGUCAGGUCUCUACAAGUGGAGAGGUGAUGCACGGACCUACAAUGAGGACGGACCCUACAUUGAGUUCGUCACCUCCCCAAACAACCCAGAUGGCACCAUGCGAGAAGCCACUGUGAAAAAAGGCCAAGGGAAGCUUGUUCAUGACUUGGCCUAUUAUUGGCCCCAAUACACUCCUAUUACAUCUUGUGUUGGUUAUGAUACAAUGCUCUUCACUUUUUCCAAGUGCACAGGACAUGCUGGAUCUCGCAUUGGAUGGGCUCUUGUCAAGGAUGAAGAUGUGGCAAAAAAGAUGACAGAGUUCGUAGGUAUUAACACAAUUGGUGUAUCAAAAGAAUCCCAAAUCCGGGCUGCGAAAAUCUUGGGCCAUGUUUCGGAAAGCUGCCUAAAUCCUGGCCCAGAUAACUUCUUCGAAACUGGGCAGAUUCUAAUGGCUGAAAGGUGGGAGAAGCUAAGACAAGUGGUGGCCCAACGUGGAAUGUUCAGCCUUCCUCACUACCCAAAACAGCAUUGCCUGUUCACUGGAAAAUUCAGUACUCAAGCACAUCCUGCUUUUGCAUGGAUGAAGUGCAAUAAGGAGGACAUAGAGGACUGCGAGAAGUUUCUCCGGGGACACAAGAUCAUUACAAGAAAUGGGAGGCGAUUCGGAUGUGAUCCAAAGUACGUUAGGGUGAGUUUGGUUGGGAAAGAAGAGGAAUUCAAACUCUUUCUGGAGAGGUUACUGGCUAUCCAAGGGACUAGUAAUGGAAUAAAUCACGUGUGCCGGGUUUUCCUGUGAAACCGGGAUCAAUAAAAGUGUAUCUACGAUUUGCAUACAAACUCAUUGUUGCUUGGUAA